CAAAAGAACCCCAAACCCAAAGCCUUGAACCUGUUUAAAAUUUUGUAGUUACUCCGAUCAUCCACAUUUGCCAUCCGCGGCGAUUUCUGAUUCUACAAUUUCGUUAUGAUUUCGCCGGAGAUGAGUUUUCCGGCAAACGUCCGUCGAUUUCUAGAUUUAAGCAGUUUUGAUCUCUUAAUUUCCGUAGGUGACGUACUUACCUAGCCUAAAACCUAAUAGUAGCUGAAAACCCUACGCGAAAGCGAGCGUUACGUAGGAGAGAUUAGAAGUUAUUCGUUGUUUUGUCUCACAAAUCGGAAUUUAAAUAAUAGAAUAAAUAUAUAAUAAUGCUAAUCUAUAAGAUAAAGCAUCAGUUUUGCAGGGUUUUCUAAGGAUUUAGGCGGAUUUCUUGGUUUAUGUGCCUCUUUGUUUGGUGAUCCGAUGGAUGAGAAACUAGUUCAUGUGCUGUGUUUUUACUAUUACAGCCAUUGGAAUUUUGUUUCGGGUUUGUAGUAUUGUGUGUUUACCUAAUCAUUUCGAUAAGGUAUUACCAUCAGAAAAUUGAGGUUUUGUGAUAAGUAGUUUUUUUUAGGUUUUAGACUUCUAGGGGUUUUCUCUCCUAAUUAGAGGCUCAAAUUGAUAAUCGGGGAAGAAUAUUUGGUAUGCCUUUGACGAUGAAGAUACAGCCAAUCGAUUCAACCAUACCGGAAUGUUUCGAGUCGGUGAAAACUGUGCCGAAGUCUCGGUUGAGACGUCUCUUUGAUUUCUCGAGCUUUUUGAGAGGAUCGGCGGUUGCGGAUAGGUCCGUCGCCGGCGACUCGCAAUGCGGCAAAGACUGUUCAGAUGAGUUCGAGCCGAGCUCUGUCUGCUUGGACAAAAUGGUCCAGAAUUUCAUAGAGGAGAGCAACGAGAAGCAGUCUGUGGCCGCAUCCAUCAAGUGUGGCCGGCACAACCACCACCAGUGCAAUUGCGUCAACGGCAACAACUUCUGCAGUAGCGAUGGUUCCGAGGAUGAGUUCGACUCAUUUAAUUGUUUCGGCAACUCUAACAACCACAGUUCGUCGACCGACGCAUGUGAUCUCCUUAAGAGUUUGGUGAUUUGCGAGACAGUUUCUGAAAGGAAUUUGUUGGCCGAUGUGUCUAAAAUCGUUGAAAAGAACAAGAUCUGUAAGCGGAAAGAUGAAAUCAGUCGUAAGAUCGUCGCCGAUGGCCUCCUAGCUUCCGGAUACGCCGUUUCUGCCUGUAAAUCCCGCUGGGAAAAAACUUCAACCUAUCCAGCAGGAGAAUACGAGUAUAUUGAAGCUGUGGUUGAAGGGGAUCGUUUGAUAAUCGACAUAGAUUUCAGAUCGGAGUUUGAAAUAGCAAGAUCCACGAAAAGCUACAAAGCAAAACAGAGCCUGAAGAAGAAAGGAAUGCCUUUACCUCCAUGGAGAAGAGCUGAUUAUGUAAAAUCAAAAUGGCUCUCUCCCUGUACCCGAAUCAUCAACAACACUCCCACUGAUAAUGAUAAUAAUACCCAAUCCAUGAUUAGGAAUGAUCUGAUUUCAGAUCCAAAAGACCCGAAUUUAAUGGAUGAAUUUGAAGUUAUUGGAGGUGCUACUAAAGAAGAUGAAGGUCUGAAAGAAUGGGAGCCAUUAGAGAUCAAAGCGAAGGUACCGAAGACUGGAGGUAAAGUCGUUAGCGGUCUAGCUUCUGUGAUCGAAGGCAACUGA